AUGCAAGGAAGUUAUAGUAAGAAUGGUUUACCAAGACCAUACUAUAUGAAACCAACAAAAAAGAAGCGUUCAUCUCCUUAUGAUAAUCUUAAACAACCAAUCGUCUUUUUCACCAAUUCUAAAAGAAAACUAGGUGGUUAUAUAGUAAUGCUUUUAUUAUUUGGAACAUUAAUGUGGUGGAUUUCACAAGAUUUAAAAGCAGCUCCAGAACCAACUUAUGAAAUUGUUAAGAAUGAAAAUAUUAAAGAACCAAAUCAAAAAAUAAUAGAUACGGAAAAUAUUAAUUUAGAUAGAAUGGUUAAUAAUGUUGAUAAUAAGAAGGCUGAUAAAGAAAUUGAAAAUGUCGAUUUAGCAGGAAAUUUAGCCCAAGAUUCAAAAGGUAAAAUGGGAUUGGGAGUUGUAGAAGCUCCAAAAGGUGGUAUUGCAAAUGAAGCACCAGUUGUUGGAAGUGAUGAAGAUAAAUUAAUUGGUACAGGAAAGGGAAACAGAAGCCCUAACAAAAAUCAACAACCAAUUGGAUCACAACCUGAGAAAAAAGGGUAUAAGGCAGAAGUAGCCGAAGAAGCCGGUGGUGUUCCACCACCUAAAGGUGCAGGUGUUCCUCCAGGUGGCGUCGCAGGAGUACAACAACCAAAGAUUGUUCCCCAAGCAGGUGGUGCACCGGCUGUGCCUCCUUCAAAGGAUGAAGUCCGUAAGGAAGCACCUAAUAAAAAGAAAGUUCAACAAAUCAUUAAGGAUACUGAAGAAAUUGGCCUGUAG